AUGAUGAGAAAAGAUGAUCAUGCUCUGUCUUCCUCUUCGUCAUCCCCGACGUCAUGCUUCGGUCACUUCUGCUCCUCCGCACUCCGGGCCAAGCCUCUUCCUCCGCCGUCCUCCGACACCUCCGUCCGCACGGACUCCGGCCAAGGCCUCAUCCGCCGUCUUAGCCUCUUCGACCUUAUUCUCCUCGGCAUUGGUGCUUCCAUUGGCGCCGGCAUCUUCGUCGUCACCGGCACUGUUGCCCGUGAUGCCGGUCCCGCUGUCACAAUAAGCUUCAUAAUUGCUGGAGCAUCUUGUGUCCUCAAUGCACUCUGUUAUGCUGAGCUAGCUUCUCGGUUUCCUGCUGUUGUUGGUGGAGCUUAUCUGUAUGCAUAUACAGCUUUCAAUGAGCUCACUGCAUUUCUUGUCUUUGCUCAAUUGAUGCUUGACUAUCACAUUGGUGCAGCCAGUAUAGCACGAAGUUUGGCUGGUUAUGUCGUUUCAUUGAUAGAGCUCAUCCCGUCCGUGAGAGGUAAUAUACCUCCUUGGGUUGGGCAUGGCCAAGAAAUUGCUGGGCCAUUAUCCAUUAAUGUGCUAGCUCCGAUUUUGCUUGCGCUUCUGACCAUUGUUUUAUGCCGCGGCGUUGGAGAAUCUUCUGCUGUAAAUUGUGCCAUGACAAUCACCAAGGUGGUCAUUGUUUGUGUUGUCAUCAUUGUUGGAUCUUUCAAGGUGGAUAUCUCUAAUUGGACACCUUUUGCUCCAAAUGGUGUUGGAGAAGUACUGACUGGCGCAACGGUUGUAUUCUUUGCAUAUGUUGGAUUUGAUGCAGUUGCCAAUUCUGCUGAAGAAUCAAAGAGACCACAGCGGGAUUUACCACUUGGCAUAAUGGGUAGCCUUUUCGUCUGUGUUGUGUUAUAUGUUGGAGUUUGCUUGGUUAUUACUGGAAUGGUACCUUACAAAUUGCUUGGAGAGGAUGCUCCUUUAGCUGAAGCAUUUAAAUCCAAGGGCUUGGGAUUUGUAGCAGUUCUGAUCAGUGUAGGUGCCGUAGCUGGACUCACGACAACCCUUUUGGUUGGGCUUUAUGUACAGUCUCGGUUGUAUCUUGGGAUUGGAAGGGACGGCUUGCUUCCAUCAAUAUUUUCUAAAGUUCAUCCAAGUCGGCAUACCCCCGUACAUUCUCAGAUAUGGGUUGGUAGUGUUGCUAUGGUGUUAUCUGGGCUCUUUAACGUGCGUGUGCUCUCACACAUCCUCUCUGUUGGCUCCUUGACUGGCUAUUCUGUUGUUUCAGCUUGUGUUGUGACCCUAAGGUUGAAGGAUAAGAAUACAAAUCCAGUUUCGCAGAAAUGGAUUUCGAACAGGGCAGAGGGAAUCAUUUGCCUAGUAGCAGUUGCAUGUUGUGGUUUUGCUGCUGGAGUUCUAUAUAGAUUUGGUGCUUCAUUUGCUUUCCUUAUUGUUGCUGCAGUUAUUGCAAUUUUUGCUGCCUUAGCACUCCACUUCCGCCAAGUUUAUACAGAUCCACCGGGUUUUUCUUGCCCUGGAGUUCCGAUUGUCCCGGCUGUUUGUAUUUUUGUUAACAUUUUCCUCUUUGCCCAGUUACACUACGAAGCCUGGGUGAGAUUUGUUGCGCUGAGCAUCUUUAUGGUUGGUAUUUAUGCCUUCUAUGGGCAAUAUCAUGCGAAUCCUAACUACAAAGUUGCAAGAAAUGGAUUUACUCGGUCCGUUGUCUGCUUUGCUAGGAGUUUCAAUGACAAACCUCCAGACAGAUUAGAAAAUAAGAGAAUCACCCUUAACUUAGGUGAAUUAGAAAAGCAAAAGAGAAGAUUGGCAGAAAUAGUUGAAGGUUCUUCCUCAUUUUGCAGGCUUCAUGAGUUUUCUUGUACUCGAUGGAUCUUGAUUAGUAGCAACGUAUUGGGUAUGAAAGUUUUUCUGGAGCACCAAAGCAAUCUAACCGGCAGGGAUGCUGCCUUCGGUCCAGGAUGA